CUAAACGACCGUCCCUGGAUCUGCAACGGAACCCUGUAAAUACCCUUCAUUGCUCUGGUGGGGCAGUGUCACAUUUCCUUCAUGCUACUUUUGUGGCUGACAUAAAUGAGGCAGUGAGAUUUGGACAUUAGAUGAUCCUGGUUGAUUGAUACAGGAAUGGUGCUUCUCCGGAGACAGGGUGUGAAGAAUUUUCCUUUUCUACGGUUCUUCGCCUGCAAGCUCUCUUUGGAAUAAUUAUCAUCGCUGUGGAGUGCCUGGCUUGAACAUCCUCAUCUGGGUCAGCUAAAAAAAGAAAGCAUGCAGGACGACAGCACAGAAGCUUCUACUUCCAUAUCUCAGCUUCUAAGAGAGAGCUAUUUAGCUGAAACCAGACAUCGGGGAAACAACGAGAGAAGCCGAGCAGAGCCUUCCUCCAACCCUUUCCAUUUUGCAAGUCCUUCUGGGGCUGCUGAAGGGGGCGGAGGCCAGGAUGAGCUUCCAGAUCUUUCAGCCUUUCUGAGCCAAGAAGAAUUAGAUGAAAGUGUGAACUUGGCAAGACUGGCCAUCAAUCAUGACCCUUUGGAGCAAGCAGAUGAAGCUCAAUCUAGAAAACAUCUUUCUUCGGACCAGCUGAAACCCUCACCUAAAUCAAAUUUUGAGCCUAACUUCUGCCAGGAUAACCCUCGAAGUCCUACCAGUUCUAAGGAGAGCCCCCAGGAGGCUAAAAGGUCCCAGUACAGUUCUGAAGCCCAGUCUAAAAAGGUAUUCUUAAAUAAAGCAGCCGAUUUCAUUGAAGAGCUAUCCUCUCUUUUCAAAGCCCACAGCUCCAAAAGGAUCAGACCCCGUGCCUGCAAAAACCACAAGAGCAAGUUGGAAUCUCAAAACAAAACGAUGCAGGAAAACAGCUCUAGUUUCUCAGAUCUGUCAGAAAGACGAGAAAGAUCUUCUGUUCCCAUCCCGAUCCCUUCGGAUACCAGGGAUAACGAAGUCAACCACGCCCUUGAGCGGCAGGAAACCAAGAGGCGAGAAGCUGAGCAGGCUGCCAGUGAGGCGGCCGGUGGGGACACUACGCCAGGUUCUUCCCCUUCCUCUUUGUACUAUGAAGAACCGCUGGGGCAACCUCCCCGGUUCACUCAAAAGCUACGGAGCAGAGAAGUUCCAGAAGGAACACGAGUACAGUUGGAUUGCAUAGUGGUAGGAAUUCCACCACCUCAAGUCAGGUGGUACUGCGAAGGCAAGGAGCUUGAAAACUCCCCAGAUAUCCACAUUGUCCAGGCAGGAAAUCUACACUCGUUGACCAUUGCUGAAGCCUUUGAAGAGGACACAGGGCGCUAUUCCUGCUUUGCUUCUAAUAUCUAUGGGACGGAUUCCACUUCUGCUGAGAUUUAUAUAGAAGGAGUUUCUUCUUCUGACUCAGAAGGGGACCCUCACAAGGAAGAGAUGAAUCGGUUCCAGAAGCCAAAUGAGGUAUCAUCCCCUCCCACUACCUCUGCAGCCAUUCCUCCAGCAGUGUCCCAAGCCCAGAAUUUGGUAACUCAGUCCAAUGUGUCAACCAUCCAACAGUGUCAGAGCCCUACCAACUAUUUGCAAGGACUGGAUGGGAAACCUAUCAUCGCAGCUCCUGUGUUUACAAAGAUGUUACAAAAUUUGUCAGCCUCUGAGGGUCAGCUGGUGGUGUUUGAAUGCAGAGUGAAGGGAGCCCCAUCCCCUAAAGUUGAGUGGUAUCGAGAAGGGACCUUGAUAGAAGAUUCUCCAGAUUUUAGGAUUUUACAGAAAAAACCUCGGUCCAUGGCAGAGCCAGAGGAGAUUUGCACAUUGGUCAUUGCUGAGGUGUUCGCAGAAGACUCUGGAUGCUUCACAUGUACUGCAAGCAACAAAUACGGCACAGUGUCCAGCAUUGCACAGCUGGACGUGAGAGGAAAUGAAGACCUUGGAAACAAUGGGUCUCUUCACUCGGCUAACUCCACCACAAACUUGGCUGUUCUCGAGCAGCAGCCAUCUCCUCCCAAGCCUGAGCCUCCUUCUGCAGAACAACACCCCAAGCCCAAACUAGAAGGGGUUCUAGUGAACCACAAUGAGCCCAGGUCCAGUUCCAGGAUCGGGCUCCGUGUGCACUUCAACCUGCCUGAAGAUGACAAAGGAAGUGAAGCCUCCUCCUCGGAGAGCGGAGUGACGGCCACCCCCCAGACCAGGCCCAACUCUUUCCAGGAGAAGUUUAAUGGCCAGGCGACAAAACUCCAGGAGCCUUCCUCACCCAUCAAGGAGCCACCUCCAGUUCUGGCAAAGCCCAAACUUGAUUCCGUUCAGUUACAACAGCUUCACAACCAAGUCUUACUGGAACAGCAACAGUUGCAAAAUUCGUCUCCCUCCUCCCCUAAGGAGUUUCCUUUCCACGGGAGCGUUUCGAACUCCUCUGCUCCCGCAGCAGUGACGAUGUCCAGCAAGCCGGGGAAGGCUCCAUCAUCCCAGACCUUCAACUUGGCCCGGCCGAAGCAUUUCUUCCCCUCCACAAGCUGCACCCCGGCUACCACCGCGGCUCCUUCCAGCUCACCCGUGCUCACCUUGAGCAGCACUCCACAAACCCUGCCGAGGACAGUGAGCAAAGAGAGCCUCCUAACCUCUCCGCCCUCCACGCAAGCCAAACCUCCAAGCGGGGUUUCCAUCCAAACCGAGCCACCCGCUGCGGGUCCCACGGAACCGACGCACUCAGCGCUCACAUUUUCCAUCCCCAGUGGAAACCAGUUUCAGCCCCGCUGUGUGUCCCCAACUCCCGUCUCUCCCACUGGCCGGAUUCAGAACCCGGUGGCUUUCCUCAGCUCGGUUCUGCCUUCUCUCCCUGCCACCCCACCCACCAAUGCCAUGGGGCUGCCUAAAAGCGCACCGUCCACGCCAUCGCAAGGACUGAUGAAGAAGACCACCAGGUCCUCUCAACCAGUGACUGACGAUUACAUUCGUGAAACUAAGAAUGCAGUGAUGCUCGACUUGGGGAAGAAAGUGAGUUUUGGUGACAUCAGAACAAACCAGCAGGAGUACAAAAUUUCAAGCUUUGAGCAGAGGCUGAUGAAUGAAAUAGAGUUUCGCUUGGAACGCACUCCUGUGGAUGAAUCAGAUGAUGAAAUCCAACAUGAUGAGAUCCCCACGGGCAAGUGUAUUGCCCCUAUCUUUGACAAAAGACUCAAGCACUUCCGAGUCACAGAAGGUUCGCCAGUCACAUUCACCUGCAAAAUUGUUGGAAUACCUGUUCCAAAGGUAUACUGGUUCAAAGAUGGGAAGCAGAUUUCUAAAAAGAAUGAGCACUGCAAAAUGAGGAGGGAAGGAGACGGGACAUGUUCUCUGCACAUUGAAUCCACUACCAAUGAUGAUGAUGGCAACUAUACCAUCAUGGCAGCCAACCCCCAGGGGCGAAUCAGCUGCUCCGGCCACUUGAUGGUCCAGAGUUUGCCCCUUCGCAGCCGCCUAGCCCCAAUGGGUCAGUCACACAGGGGAAGGUCCCGACUGCAAGAAAGAGACAAGGAGCCUCUGCAAGAACGCUUUUUCCGACCACAUUUCCUGCAGGCUCCUGGAGACAUGGUCGCUCACGAGGGGCGCCUCUGUCGGCUGGACUGUAAGGUGAGCGGCUUACCGCCCCCGGAGCUGACGUGGCUGCUCAAUGGGCAACCUGUGCUACCAGACGCCUCCCACAAGAUGCUGGUCAGGGAGACGGGCGUCCACUCUCUGCUCAUCGACCCGCUCACCCGACGCGAUGCGGGCACCUACACGUGUGUUGCUACCAACAAAACCGGGCAAAAUUCCUUUAGCUUGGAGCUCACUGUAGUAGCCAAAGAGGUCAAGAAAGCGCCAGUGAUUCUAGAGAAGCUGCAAAACUGCGGGGUUCCCGAAGGCCACCCGGUGCGACUGGAGUGCCGCGUGAUCGGCAUGCCUCCGCCCGUGUUCUACUGGAAGAAAGACAACGAGACCAUCCCUUUCACCAGGGACAGGGUCAGCAUGCACCAGGACACAACAGGGUAUGUCUGCCUCCUCAUUCAGCCAGCCAAAAAGUCAGAUGCUGGCUGGUACACGCUGUCAGCCAAGAAUGAAGCCGGCAUUGUGUCGUGCACUGCCAGGUUGGACAUUUAUGCUCAGUGGCACCAGCAGAUCCCACCACCCAUGUCCAUCCGGCCCAGUGGCAGUCGCUACGGCUCUCUCACCAGUAAAGGACUUGACAUUUUUUCUGCCUUUUCCUCCCUGGAAAGCACAGUGGUGUAUUCGUGCUCCUCUCGGAGUGUGGUGGAAAGUGAUGAACUUUAAGACCAUCCUGGGUGCCUGCUGGAAGGGGGAGAGCAGUGCAGGGAGACGGAGGAGGAGUCAGCAGCAGUAUCCAAGCAACUGAAUUUGAGUGAGUUCCCAUCCUGCUGGACCUGUGGCAAGGAGCGUGCUGAAUAAGCCAGCUGAGGGAGCCACCGGGGCUGUGCCAUUUAAAGAUUCCAGCAACAAUGUGAGAAGACAAGGCAGACCAACUGAGGACAACGACCUGACACAGCAUCACUGCCUGGGGAGAGCUAGCAGAGGCCCCACCUCUGGGUGUGUUGAGGAUGCUUAGGUCCUCCUAGGAGUGACCUGUGGCCACAGGCCUGGCCUGAGAGGAGUUAGACAGUAGUGACCUAGAACUCACGAAACAAUGCAAAGGAAAUUGGGGGGCGGGAGGCCACCACCCCGCAGCCAGAGGUUUCAUAGCAAAUUCAGUAAUCAGCUUCCAUUUGGCAUUAGGCAACAGUGCAACAGAACACCCAAAUGUGGCGAAAGCCUGGGUAUGUUGGCAUCUGGGUGUGCUGAGUUAUGAGGUAAGGUACCUGAAACACUAUUGCAAAAAUGCUAUUGACACAGCCAGACCCCACUGGCCUGCUGGCUCCAUGUUCUAUCUGCUUUUUGUUCUGACUGCAUAUUCCUAAAUGUCAGCACGAAAGGGUAGUUAAUAAACCAAUCAGAAGGAAAUAGCCUGGAGAUCACUUUAAAAACUGCCACUUUCAAUUGCCCCUUGGAAAAUUCAGGAAUCAUCAUCAUUCAGUCGUAGGCUGCACUCCACAGACCCCUCCCCCUCCUCAAAUUAGGGGCAGAAGUGACAGGAGACAGUUGCCCAGGCCCCCCAGAGCUGCGGGUUUGAAAGGGAUCUCUUUGAGAUCUCCAGACCUGUUGCAUUUCCUGCUGAGGAAGGGACUGCAAGGGGAACCUGCAACUUCUUUCUGAUGUAACGAAACCUGCCUCUCAACCCAAGGGAACUUUAAGGUCAAAGCUAGCUCCUUAGCACCCAGAGGAAUGCCUGGCACAAGAUAAACCUUUGAGAACUUCUUGCUGAAUGGAGGGCUCCUACAUCAGGUGGAGGAGUCUCCCACACACCCAGUUCAGGAACCGCCCUGGGAACAGGUUCCACAGCACUUGGCUCCGUGUACAUCAGGGACAUGCAUUGGAGGCGUCUGUACCAACUCCCUGUGCUCACUGUGCCAGGUGCCCUCAGCUGGCACCUUCCUCCAGUGACUUAGAUAGAAAUAGUCAUUGUUUAGAAGGGCUUGAAACUUUCUUCGCUUCAAGGCAAGGAUUUCCAGAAUAAAAAUAAAUUCAUUCACUCCGUCACGUGUGUGUGCUCUGUGCAAUGCUUUGUAUUGCUUUUUGGGGCAAUACAAAGACGAGGAGGAGACAGGCCCGGCCUCGACAGCUCACAGUCUGGCAGAUGAGUGCAAUCCGGUGGCAGAGAACUCUACUCUGAAGGUAAAAGUCCAUUCAGUAGCAAAUGGAAAUCUUCAUGCUGUUGUUUUUUUUUUUUCCUGAUUUCUGAAAUCUUUUCAAUCUUUGUUUCUUAAACAAAAUGCUGUAGGCUAUUUAUCCUUAUGAAAUAAAAUUUUCAGUUAUUC